AAAUACAAGAGAAAAAUCUCAGUACGAGCCGAACUAUUGUUCAACGAACAUCAGUACAGUGGUCUGAGAGCAAACGAAUUCCAGUUCACUGAUUUCAGUGUUAUCGGAUACAAAAAUGCUUUUCAAUCUCAGUAAGAAAAAGUUCUUGCUACUGUCGGCCGCAGCGGCUAUCGUAGUGGUAGCGCUGGUUCUUGGUCUUUACUUCGGUCUCCGCAGCGAUGACUCCGAUGGUUCCCGUGGAUACCUGCCCGGAGCGGCGGUAGUUUCCAAUGGGGAUGAAUGUGCUGCCAUCGGCGCCGGCAUAUUGCGAAAGGGCGGCUCGGCCGUCGAUGCAGCGAUCACCCUUAUGCUGUGCGAAGAGCUCACAUCUCCCCAGAGUACGGGAAUCGGCGGUGGGUUCCUGGCCACGGUGUACAACCGGAAGACGGGAGUCGUUGAAACGAUGGACGCUCGAGAGAUGGCACCGGCUGCCGCUACGGAAGAUAUGUUUGUUGGUGACGAUGAUGCAGCUGUUUUGGGAGGGCUGGCGAUCGGCACCCCGGGCGUUAUCAAAGGCUUCUGGGAACUUCAUGAACGCUACGGGAACUUGCCGUGGAAGGAGUUGUUCGAGCCGGUUAUUGAGUUGGCUAGGAAUGGAAUUACUGUGAAUCCAUUCCUGGUGAGUGCCUUGCAAUCGCAACGAACGAAUCUUCGGACGAUCCCAUCGCUACGCGAGGUGUUUGUGAAUCCGGAAACUGAUGACGUGUGGGAAGAGGGCGAUAAUUUGAAGUAUACUAUUCUUGGUGAUGCUUUCGAAGUCAUUGCAAACGAGGGAGCCGACUCCUUGCAUGCAGAAAAUGGCACUCUGUUACCGUUGAUUCUUGAAGAUUUGAAAGAGUUCGGUAGCAUUAUCACGAAGGAAGACUUCCUGAACUACAAACCUCGCUGGCUUCCUCCGGCAUCCACAAAGCUACACGAAGGAUCAAGCGUCUACACAAUGCCUCUACCGGGAAGUGGAACUAUUGCCAUCUACAUUCUGAACUUACUUGAUGGCUACGAUGAUCUUCAACCGGAAGAUCCCCUCACAUGGCAUAGAGUCGUUGAAAGCUUCAAGCAUGCCUACGGACUACGCACGCGCGUAGGUGAUCCAGACUACGUCCCAGGAAUCGAAGAACUGGUUCAGAACCUCACCAGCAAGGACUAUGCCGCAAUGAUACGGGAGAAGAUCGACAGCGAUCGCACGUUUGUCGAUUACCAACACUAUGGAGCAGAGUUCUCCGAAGAGGAAGACCAUGGAACGGCUCACGUUUCGGUGCUUGCUCCAAACGGAGAUGCCGUUGCUAUAACCGGAACUAUAAACACCUACUUUGGUUGUAAGCGGCGAUCUCCUUUGACCGGAAUCGUCCUCAAUAACAUCAUGGAUGACUUUUCCACUCCUGGACUUACCAACUCCUUCGGAGUUCCUGCAUCGCCAGCGAACUACGUUGCACCGGGGAAACGGCCGUUGUCCUCGAUGACUCCCACCAUCGUGGUUGAUGCCGAGGGGAACGUCCGGCUGAUUGCGGGUGGUGCUGGUGGGACACGCAUUACUACCGGUACCGUACUGUUGGUACUACAAAGCGUAUUCUUCGGCAAGAAUCUGGAGGAUACGAUGAGCGCACCGCGGUUGCAUCACCAGCUGGCACCGAUGGCAGUCGAUGUGGAGCAAACGUUCGAUCAGGACGUGAUCAAUGGACUGAGGGAUCGAGGCCAUGAGGUGCGGUUGUCUACAGGGAUCGGCACUAUGACUGCCAUUGCUAGGGAGCGUGAUAACAGUGUCACUGCGGCUUUUGAUCCCAAAAGAGGAGGAAGUUGGGAGGUUCUCGAUUAAAGAUAUGAAAAGAAAAA